GAUCAUAAUAUGGACAUAAGAUCAUUGCUAGCAAAAUGGUGGAAAAGAAGAGUGCAAGAAAAGAAAAGGGAGCCCCAGGACUUUACUUAAUCACAUACUCAAGUUAAGUACAGGAUUUGCUUGUUUAAUUUUUUUAAUCUUUAUGCAGGCUGCCAUCGGUCAUCGGCCAAGCAGUUCCUAAAGUUACGUAUUGAUCACCUUCAAAAAGAUAUCGAUAGGAAUAGAAGGGAACUGGCUCUUUGCUGGUAUUUACUUGGUGAUACUAAUGAAGCAAUGAACCACAUGCAGCAUUACCUUGCUCAUACUGAUCCUCAGUCUGUUAGCAAUGAUGCAAAAUGGACAGCAAAACUGAUAGAGAAACAACACAAUAUCUUACAAGGUCAAGAGAAAUUAUUAUCGGCUCUAAAAGAAAAGCACUAAACAUGUUAUGAAUUACCACCAACAAAUAAGGUUGAGAGAAGAGAUGCCUCUGACCUCAGUGUUAAUGAGUUUUUCCAUCAUUAUGCAAUGAGCCACACCCCACUGAUAAUCACUGGCCUAAAAACAACAACUGUUAAAUGGGACCUUGAACAUAUUAAAAAAGCUAUUGGUCAUAAAGUAGCUCCAUUACAUAAGUCAGUCUCUGAUGGUUUUGAAUGGGCAAAACUUGAAUCAUGUGGCCGUUCAACAGUAUCAGAUUUUAUUGAAGCCGUCAAAAGAAAGGAAAGUGAUAAAAGAUAUUUAUUUGAUUGGAGUAUCCCUUUGUAUUGUUCUGAAUUAGUCAAUGAGUUACUUAUUCCAAGAUAUUUCUCAGACGAUUAUCUACAAAGGACUCCUCCAGGUUCACUGUACAGGGACAGCUGGCCCAGUCUCUUUAUAGCUCCAGCUGGAAUUACCAGUUCACUUCAUGUGGACACUUUUGGUUCCAACUUUUGGAUGGCAUUAUUUGAAGGAAGAAAAAGGUGGUUAUUUUUCCCACCUGAAGAUGUACCUUGUUUGUAUCCACAGUAUCACUUUCAUUCAUCUGAUCCAGUAUUUAACCUCUCACUGGAGGAUAGUGGGGAGAACAGCAAAGGGGAUUAUCCUCUGGUUGCAAUGACACAUCCAAUGGAAUGCAUCCUUGAGCCAGGAGAGGUUCUGUUUGUUCCAGCAGGCUCACCACAUCAAGUCGAAAAUCUAGAAGCAUCUUUAGCCAUUUCUGCUAACUUUGUCAAUCAUUCAAACAUUAGUUUAGUGAGAGAUGAAUUGUUGAUGGCUUCACUAAUUGAUGAUAGAUCAAAGGAACUCCUCUCUUCUCUGAAUGCCUUGGAACUCAAUAUUGACAGUAAUACCAGUAUUGAAGAAAGAAAGGAUUUGAAGUGGAAAGAGUUUAAGAUGAACUAAAUUUCAUAGGUAAAACACCAUACAAUGAUUGCUAUACAGACAAUACAUAUACUUUUGAAUGCUGAAUGCUGGAGUAUUUAUGGAAAAUGGAUAAAAAUAAUAUG